AUGCAACGGGGUAUCAUUACUCUCUUUGUUCUCAUCACUGUUCCUUUGGUUGCUGCAAAGUCGCCACGUACAGAUGUAACUGUGUCUGGGCUUUCAUCAGGUGCUGCAAUGGCUACUCAACUCCAUUUCGCAUUCUCUAAAGACAUCAGCGGUGCCGGUGUUUUAGCUGGUCCUCCCUAUUAUUGUGGUGGUAAUGGAAUGACAGUUGCCCUCUGCAUGAGUGGACCUGCACUAUACGUGUCGGUUUCUGUUCUUCAAUCGAAAAUUAAUUCAUAUAAAUCAGCUGGUAGCAUCGAUGAUCCUGCCAACAUUGCCAACGAUCCUGUGUACGUUUUUUCGGGUAAAUAUGAUACUGUUGCCUAUCCCGGUGUCGUCAAACUCAACAAGGAUCUCUAUGCGCGAUUCAAUGCCAAUGUGAAAACAAAUUUCGAUAUGGCAGCUCACCAUGGUUUUCCAACAGAUAACUAUGGUACAAAAUGCAGUGCACUCAACAAAGAAAGUUUCAUCAAUGAUUGCCAAUUCAACAUGGCCUACGAUGUAUUGAAUCAUCUUUUCGGUGGAGAUCUAAUUAAACCUGAAUUUGGUUUGAAAUCUUCUAUGGCUGGUCAAAUGCUUGUCUUUAGUCAAGAUGCAUUCAUCAAUCCUCCAUCGUUUUUAUCAACAGGAGAAAACGCUAGUUCAGCGAUAACACAAUGGCUUGGCAAAAGCAUGGCUAUCCACUAUCCAACUAGUUGGGAGCGAUCGGUCAAAGGUUUCUUCAAUCAAGCCAUGCCGGAUGUAACCAUUCCAUUGAAAGAGAAAACGCAAGCACGGAGCUUAUCCGCUAGUCUCGACGAACAAGGUUUCGUUUAUUUUCCAUCUGCUUGUACUAAUGGUGAAAAAUGUCCAAUUCAUGUUGCUUUACACGGAUGUCAACAAGGAAAAUACUACGUCGAUGAUGUCUUUGCUGUCAAAGCAGGUUAUCUCGAAGUAGCUGAACUCAACAACAUCAUUGUUAUUUUCCCGCAAGUUGCCCGCUCACUUGCUCUUCCCACAAAUCCAAUGGGUUGUUGGGAUUGGUGGGGAUAUAGUUCCCUCUAUUAUGCUACUCAAGGUGCCCCGCAAAUGGCUGCUGUCAAGCAAAUGAUCGACACUGUUCGCAUGAUUAACAACGCUUUUGUUGCUGCUAAAUAA